AUGUAUCUCUUUGUGGGUGAUGUUGCAAUCAGUUCGGUCCUAGUACAAGAAGAUGAAGAAGGACAACAACCGAUUUACUUUGUAUGUCGGUUAUUACAUGGAGCGGAGCUCAGAUAUCAGAGGUUAGAAAAAGUGGUUUUUGCCUUACUGAUAUCAGCUAGAAGACUCAGAGCGUAUUUCCAGGGACACAAAAUCUUGGUCAGGUCAGAUUUGCCAAUUCGACUAAUUCUACACAAACCAGAUCUAGCAGGAAGGAUGAUGAGCUGGGUUGUGGAGCUGUCAGAGUUUGAUAUAACGUUCGAGAGCCGUAAAGCAAUCAAAUCCCAAGCACUAGCGGAUUUUGUCAGAGAACUCACUUCAAUCCAAAUUGGGAGUUCGGAUAGACCAGCUACCUGGAAAGUGUAUGUAGAUGGCUCCUCCAAUUCAAAAGGGAGUGGAGCCGGGGUAAUCAUCGAGAACCCUAAGGGUAUAGCCAUUGAAUAUUCAAUGCAAAUAGGUUUUGAAACAUCAAACAACCAAGCAGAAUAUGAAGCUCUCAUAGCCGGCCUUGAGCAGGCUAAGGAACUCGGAGCGCGAAGGCUGCAAGUUUAUAGUGAUUCUCAAUUGGUUACGUCCCAAGUUAAAGGGAGUUAUCAAGCUAGCGGACCACUAUUGAGGAAAUAUUUAGACUCCACUAGGAAGUUAAUUCCAGAAUUUGAACAGUUGGAUAUCAACCACAUUCCGAGGAAUGAAAACAGCAGGGCCGAUAUACUAUCUAAACUAGCAAGUACCAAGGGGUGGGAAAAUCAUAGGACGGUGGUUGAGCAGAGUAUCCCAGAACCCACAUGCGUAAUGCAAAUAUCAAAGGUAGAUGAUUGUCGUUUCGACAUCAUCGACUACUUAGAAAAUGGAACGCUACCCUUGGGAAAGGAGGAAGCCAGGAAGUUGGUUAAAAAUGUAGCAUCAUAUACUAUGGUGGAAGGACAACUUUACAGAAAGGGUAUUUAUUCACCUUUGUUGAAAUGCUUGAGCUCGGUUAGGGCGAAAUACGUCCUGUCUAAAAUCCAAGAAGGAAUUAAUGGCCAGCACGUUGGAGGUAAGGCUUUAGCUCGAAAAGCACGGAAGUGUGAUCAAUGA